CAUUUCCUCACCUUCUUCGCACCUCCUCUUAUCACUUCCUGUCCUCAUUUCAUUUCCUCACCGUAGAAACCCUAGCUAAGCUUAGCUCUGCUCCAAAACCAAGACCCCACCCGCCUACCAACUCACUCACUCCCACCACCGCCCCAUUGCCAGAAAUGGCCAAAAAGAAGGUGACCCAUCAUCCACACCAUCACCCCAAGGACCCCAACAAGGAGGAAGAAGUCCCCCCGCUCGCCGCCACUGUCCCCCCAGAGCACAUGGAGGAGCAGCAGCAGGACCUGGACCAGGACCAUUCCAAAGAGAAGCUUCAGAGCUUGAAGUCCCUCAACGACCUCCUCCUCAAGGAGACCGUCGGCCGCCGCCGGCAGGUCGAGUCUCUCGAGCUCGACAAGGCCUCCCUCGAGGCCCGGCUCGCCCGGUCCGGUGACGAGAAGCGGUCCCUGGAGGAUGAGCUCACCCGGGCGGGUUACCGGAAUGUCGAGAUGGAGCUGGAGAGGGCCGUGGUGUGUGUUUUCCUGGAGACCCAGAUGAGCCAGAUGGCCGCCGAGUUCGGGAAGUUGGAGAACCGGAGGGAGGGUGAACUUCGCGGCUUGAGGGAGAAAGUCUGGGAGCUUAAUGCCAACCUCGAAAGGGAGAGAGCGGUCUUGGCUGAGGUGAUUAGGGAGAGGGAUCUGGCGAGGAGCGAGUGCGGGUCUUGGAUUGAGAAGGUUAAUGAGAUGAGGGAGAACCUGAAUGAAAUAGAGAAAGCCCGGGGAGUUCUGGAGCAGGGGUUCAGGAAGCUCGAGGGGGAACGUGAACGGUUGGUUCGGGAGAAUCGGGAAGGCGAGAAGGUGCUCGAGGGGGCGAGGAGGGAGAAGGAUUCCGUGGAGAGAGAACUAGCCCAGGCUGCUGAGGAAAUCGGUCAGUUGAAGAAGAAGUUAGAGGGUUUAGUUAGAGAGAAUAAGGAUAUGGAGAUGGAGAAGAGCGGGCAGAAGGUGAAAAUAGCCGAGCUGGAGAGGGAAGUCGGGGGGCUGAAUGAGGUCGUGGCUGGCCUGCGGAAGGAGGAACAGAGGUUGCGAAGCGAGGUGUUCGAGUUGGGAAAGAUAUGCGAUGACGCGAAGGAGAAGGAACAGGAGAUGGUGAGGGAGAUUGAGACUUUGAGUCGGGAUAAGAAGAAGAAGGAGGCCACCGUUGAGGCAUUGACAGGAGAGAGAGAUUCAUUGCAGAAAGAGUUGAAGAUAGCUGAGAAGGAAUUGGAGGAUAAGGAGCGGUUGAUGUUGGAGAUCAUUAGGAAGAAAACCGAAAUUGAGGAGGAGAACAUUUGCAAGCAGGGUGAGAUUGCAGGGCUGGCUAAGGAGGUUGCCGAACUGAGGGAUGCUGUGUCGGCACUGAAACUUUCGUGCAGAGAUGAGAAGGAGAAGAGUGAGGCUUUACUAUCUGAAGUUGCGUCGCAGAAGGAAGCCAUGGAUGGGCUUUUGCUUGAGAGGGACUGUGCUUGGAAGGAAUUAGUCGAGGAGAGAGAGAACGCGAAGAGUUUGAGGUCGAAGAUUGUGGAACUCGAGAGGAAAACCGAGGAAACAAUGGGAGAGUUGAAGAAGAUAACCAGUGAUCACGAGAAUCUACUCGUGCAAAAGAAGGCAGCCGAGAACAGAUUUGAGAUCUUGAGGCGUGAAAAGGAGUUUCUGGAGAAAAGACUAUCAGAUUCACAGCAAAGAGCUGAAGAACUGCAGGCUGAGAUAGAACUCGCAGGCAUAAAAUCCGAGCGAGCUCUGACAUUUUUGAAGAACACCGCUGCAUCCUUCUUGAGCAAAGGGGAAUCUGUAGAUGAGCCGAAGGUUGAGGAAGAUGUUCAGCCCUAUGUUCGGGAGAUGGAAGCGAUCAAGAAUGCAUUUCAGCUCAAGGAAUCUGUGGUGGAGGACUUGAAGCGGCAGCUCGAGUUUCUGCAAGACUCCGUUGCAAAGGCCGAGAAGAAGAAGGGCUUCUGGACCUUGCUGUCUUCAGCAACCACUCUGUUUGCUGCAGCUUCUGUUGCAUAUCUUGCCCGAGCCCGCUGAGCUUACUCUGCCUUCGCUUAUGGGGAUUUUUAACCGAUAACUAGUCGUACCGAGUACAUCCCUAGUUUUGCCGUUCGGCCUUUUUCGGAAUAAAGACUUACCUGAUACUGUAUGAUGAUCAGUCUCUACCCGAUCCCCCUUUUGAUCAACUUAAGGAAAUCACUAGAUAUUUUACCGUAAUGCUAUAACUUAGUCUCUGCUAUGCAUCUCCUAAGAUUACAUA